AUGUCUCAACUAGAACCCCAGAAGAUGAUUCCAACUCCGAAAACGGAUGUGAUGAUGAGGCCGCGCUCUCCUCGACCUGUCUUCCCAAAGAAAGAGCAGCGUACAAGACUACGGGCACGCAGCCAGAUCAGGCCAAUCACAGAGCGCAGGAUUCUAAACUACUAUUGCUUUCCGAAUCUCGCAGACGAGCUCCACGAGAUUAUCGAGGAUGGCGGCUCUUUCAGCGGAUCAGACACAGACGAAGACUCAGACUACGAACUACCACCCAUGACCAUCCACCGAGAAGGAAACCAACUUCCCAAAACACGAAUCAAGUGGUACAGCGAAGGCGAGAAGUGUGCUGCCAGAGAGUUGGAGAGGUUACCUCGAGACACGGCGUUCCUGGACGAGAGAGACGAAUGGUUUGGAUUAAUGGUUAUAGACAAAGACGAGUCUGCGUCCGAGGAAGAAGAGGCUGAACUGGACUCUCCAUCCCGACAACUUAGGGAAGAGCUGUCGCAAAUGUCGCAGUCAGGGUCUCCGUAUGUGGAUGAAGAUGAUGAUAGUCAACCCGUCAUCACGCCGAUCCACGACGAGGUGAUGCUGUUCGUCACCAGAGAGGUCGCACCCACUCCUGCCGAAUUGAGCAGACUGCCGUCCNGGUCCCUCAAGGGUCCCCGAGUCAUACCAUACCGAUAUUGA